CGUCCCACCUCCCUCUCUCUCUCUCUCUCUCUCUCUCCCUCUCUCUCCUAAUAGUGAGGCGCUCCAAACUUUGGGAGCGCAGCGCGGAAACUCUCUGAAGACUUCCAACUCCUGCUUCGGGACAGCACCGAGUUUGAGCAGACAGAGAGAAAGUUUCAGAGAAAAAGAGAAGGAAGCUGAGCCGCGGGGAGAGUUGGGUAAAAGUAAAGGGGCGGAAUGGUCCUCCAGCCGAGCGGCACAUGUGAGCCAAGAGGCCACCGGUAACUUUUUUUUUUUAUAAACCAAAAAGAAGCAAGUAAGAAGAGAAACAAGUGAGACAUACUCUUGGAGCUGACUAACCGGAGUGCCCUGUCACCUCGACACGAUGGUCUGCCUGCCCGGGUUCAGCUGGGUCUUCCUGAGCGCUCUCCUGCACCAAGCGGCACCCUGGGGCGCAGAGCGAGCGGACAGACCGAGGCAGUGCGACACACCGAAGUCGCAAAGUGACAUGAACUCUUUCCUGUGGAGAGUCAAUCGUGCACCCCCUCACCCACCUUCUUACUUAUUUGGAACCAUCCACGUGCCAUACACCCGAGUCUGGGACUUCAUCCCUGAUCAAUCAAAGCAGGCUUUCCACAACAGCCGCAACAUUUUCUUUGAGUUGGACCUGACUGACCCUCUAACCAUCUCCAAGCUGACCAGUUGCCAGCUCCUCCCCCACGGGGAGAACCUGCAAACGCUGCUACCUCGAGACUUGUACCGCCGCCUCAAACGCCACCUGGACUACGUCAAACACAUGAUGCCGUACUGGAUGACGCCAGACCAGCGAGGCCGCGGCUUGUAUGCUGACUACCUGUUUAACGCCAUAGCAGGAAACUGGGAGAGGAAGAGGCCUGUGUGGGUGAUGCUCAUGGUGAACUCAUUGACAGAGUGGGAUGUUCGGUCAAGAGGAACGCCUGUGCUGGAUCUGUACUUGGCGCAAGAGGCUGAAAGGAUGAGGAAGACAACAGGGGCUGUGGAGCGUGUGGAGGAGCAGUGUCAUCCCCUGAAUGGGCUUAACUUCUCUCAGGUGCUGUUUGCUUUGAACCAAACGCUCCUGCAGCACGAGGGCGUCCGAGCGGGCAGUCUGCAAGGCUCCUACACCACUGAGGACCUCAUUACCCACUACAACUGUGGUGACCUCGGCUCCAUCAUCUUCAACCAUGACACUUCCCAGCUGCCCCACUUCAUCAACAGCUCCCUGCCAGCUCAUGACCGCUUGACGGCCCUGCAGAUUGAUAGCUACUUCCGCCAGGAGCUCAUAUACAAACGCAAUGAGCGCAUGGCUCGUCGCGUGUCUGCUUUGCUACAAAGAAACCCAAACCAGACGUACUUUUUUGCAUUCGGUGCAGGUCACUUUCUUGGGAACCACAGUGUGCUGGACAUCCUGAGGCAGGAGGGCUAUGAGAUCAUCCACAUGCCCUCUGAUCACAAGGAGCCAGUCAAAGAGACGAAACCAGCUAAAGAAACUGCAGGGGAGUCCAGUGAAGAGAGUGCAGACACAAUUGCAACAUCACCCACCAGCUGGAUGACCAGUACACCAGAGACGGAAAUUGAGCUGGAGGAAUCAGAGGACAUGCCUGGCCUUGGAGAUGAAGAGCUGCCUCACAUGUUGCUGCCCGACAGCCUGAGCCAACUGGAAGAGUUUGGCCGACACAAACGUCCUCGCAAAGCUCACCGUGGGGGCCAUGGGAGACCCCGCCUCUUCAGUGACCUGUGGGUUCGCAUCGGUGACAGCACCACUCCAUCACCGAAUGUGAGAAUAAUCAACGGUUACGUAACGGUGGAACCUCCGCUGCCACACCAGGAGCAGCGCAGACAGAUGGAGAUCCAUGUUACAGAGCAUCAGCCCAGUCAAGCGUCCUUCACUCCAUCUAACCAAAGCUCAGCCCAGCCCUCCUCAGCCCACAACACACUCAUACUGUCCUGUAUUGUAGCCUGGCUGCUUUCACACAUGCUGUUCACCUCCUGACCAGAGGACAGCGUUAUCUCACUGACAAACACUCAAGGCACUUCUGCCUCCGUACCAGAUCAGUGGAUUGACCUGAUGAACAAGGAACGACCAUCAGUACAUGCAGACGUUUGUAGUGGAGAUACCACGUCUUGAUGCAGGACAACAACUGCCGGCCUCCCCCUACAGGAAGGGAUCUGCUCCAGUCUGCAAGAAGUCUUUGUAGAAAGUCUCAAAAUGUGUGGAGUAAGCUCGCAGGCAUGAAACAAGCAACAAAUAGACUGUGUGAGGCUCAAAAGGGCAGACUCAUCAAACCUCAACAAAGUAUUAUAGUAGAAUAAGAAACACAGUGAAGACAUGUAACUUUGAAGAGUUUGUGUGGCGGUAAUCGUCGACCUACUAGAAGCUGUAAUACUGUAGAGAAAUGAGGCUGAUAUUAAAAACCAGAAUAGGACAUACUAAUUAUAACUCUGUGAUGAAUGAGUUAAACGCAUUCUGUCAGCAGUACUGUGGAGGAGAUGGAGCACUCAGUUGCCACUAUUGUAAAUUGUGCAUUUUGUUCAUAAAGAAAUAUUGUAUAUUUAUUAUUUCUGGAAGAAAAGAGUAUAUUUUCUUGCUUUUUGAAGAUAAAUGAAGUAAUAAAACAUGAAAAAGUGGGUCCAGA